CGUGGCCCGGCCCGAGUGCGCUCGGUGGAAGGCGGAAGUAGGAGAGGAGUUGGGCGCCGCUUCUGUGGCCGCAGCAGUUUCAUGGUGAUGAUAUGGCAUCUGCCAGCUCCAGCCGGGCAGGAGUGGCCCUGCCCUUUGAGAAGUCUCAGCUUACUUUGAAAGUGGUGUCAGCAAAGCCCAAGGUGCAUAAUCGUCAACCUCGAAUUAACUCCUUUGUGGAAGUGGCAGUGGAUGGACUUCCCAGUGAGACCAAGAAGACUGGGAAACGAAUUGGGAGCUCUGAGCUUCUCUGGAACGAAAUCAUCAUUUUGAAUGUCACUGCCCAGAGUCACUUAGAUCUGAAGGUCUGGAGCUGCCAUACCUUGAGAAAUGAACUGCUAGGCACCGCCUCAGUCAACCUCUCCAACAUCUUGAAGAGCAAUGGGGGCAAAAUGGAGAACACGCAGCUGACCCUGAACCUGCAGACGGAGAACAAAGGCAGCGUUGUCUCCGGUGGAGAGCUGACAAUUUUCCUGGACGGGCCGACUGUUGAUCUGGGAAGUGUGCCUAAUGGCAGUGCCGUGACAGAUGGAUCACAGCCACCUUUGAGAGAGUCCAGUGGGACAGCUGUAGCUCCAGAGAACCGACACCAGCCCCCCAGCACAAACUGCUUUGGUGGGAGAUCCCGGACACACAGACAUUCGGGUGGUACAGCCAGAACAACCACAGCAACCAGUGAGCAAAGCCCUGGCACCAGGAACCGGCACCGUCAGCCCAUCAAGACCCCAAGCCACAGUGGCUUGCCCAAUGGCACAGUGAAUGACGAACCUGCUAUAGCCACUGACCCUGAAGAACCCUCUGUUGUUGGUGUGACGUCCCCACCUGCUGUAGUGUCGAGUGUGACACCAAACUCCAGCGCAGCCUCUCUCCCUGCUCCAGCCACAUCAGCUGAAGGAGAGGAGCCCGGCCCCUCGGGCACUCAGCAGCUCACAGCGGCUGCCCAGGCUCCCGAUGCUCUGCCUGCUGGGUGGGAGCAGCGAGAGCUGCCCAAUGGGCGAGUCUAUUAUGUUGACCACAAUACGAAGACCACCACCUGGGAACGGCCUCUUCCUCCAGGCUGGGAAAAACGUACAGAUCCCCGAGGCAGGUUCUACUAUGUGGACCACAACACCCGGACCACCACCUGGCAGCGCCCGACAGCCGAGUACGUGCGGAACUAUGAGCAGUGGCAGUCGCAGCGGAACCAACUCCAGGGAGCCAUGCAGCACUUCAGCCAAAGAUUCCUCUACCAGUCUUCGAGUGCUUCGACGGACCAUGAUCCCCUGGGCCCCCUCCCUCCUGGCUGGGAGAAGAGGCAGGACAAUGGACGGGUGUAUUACGUGAACCAUAAUACCCGCACUACACAGUGGGAGGACCCUCGGACCCAGGGAAUGAUCCAGGAACCAGCUCUGCCUCCAGGAUGGGAGAUGAAGUACACCAGUGAGGGGGUGCGAUACUUUGUGGACCACAAUACCCGCACCACCACCUUUAAGGACCCUCGCCCGGGGUUUGAGUCCGGGGUGAAGCAAGGUUCCCCCGGUGCCUACGACCGAAGUUUUCGGUGGAAGUAUCACCAGUUCCGUUUCCUCUGCCAUUCAAAUGCCCUACCCAGUCACGUGAAGAUCAGUGUUUCCAGGCAGACACUUUUUGAGGAUUCUUUCCAGCAGAUCAUGAACAUGAAACCCUACGACCUGCGCCGCCGGCUCUACAUCAUCAUGCGUGGCGAGGAGGGCCUAGACUAUGGAGGCAUCGCCAGAGAGUGGUUCUUCCUCCUGUCCCACGAAGUGCUCAACCCCAUGUACUGUUUAUUUGAAUAUGCUGGAAAGAACAAUUACUGCCUGCAGAUUAACCCUGCCUCUUCCAUCAACCCCGACCACCUCACCUACUUCCGCUUCAUUGGCAGAUUCAUUGCUAUGGCUCUGUACCAUGGAAAGUUCAUUGACACAGGCUUCACCCUCCCUUUCUAUAAGCGGAUGCUCAACAAGAGACCAACCUUGAAAGACCUGGAAUCCAUUGAUCCUGAAUUCUACAACUCCAUAGUCUGGAUCAAAGAAAACAAUCUAGAAGAGUGUGGCUUAGAGCUGUACUUUAUCCAGGACAUGGAGAUUCUGGGCAAGGUGACAACCCACGAACUGAAGGAAGGUGGUGAGAGCAUCCGAGUCACGGAGGAGAACAAGGAGGAGUAUAUCAUGCUGCUGACUGACUGGCGUUUCACCCGAGGUGUGGAAGAGCAGACCAAAGCCUUCCUGGAUGGCUUCAACGAGGUGGCCCCCCUGGAGUGGUUGCGCUACUUUGAUGAGAAAGAGCUGGAGCUGAUGCUGUGUGGCAUGCAGGAGAUAGAUAUGAGCGACUGGCAGAAGAACACCAUCUACCGGCACUAUACCAAGAACAGCAAGCAGAUCCAGUGGUUCUGGCAGGUGGUGAAGGAGAUGGACAAUGAAAAAAGAAUCCGGUUGCUGCAGUUUGUUACUGGAACCUGCCGCCUGCCUGUUGGGGGCUUUGCCGAGCUCAUUGGUAGCAAUGGACCACAGAAGUUUUGUGUAGACAAGGUUGGCAAGGAAACCUGGCUGCCCAGAAGCCACACUUGUUUUAACCGUCUGGACCUCCCGCCAUACAAGAGCUAUGAACAGCUGAAGGAGAAGCUGCUCUAUGCCAUCGAGGAGACCGAGGGCUUCGGGCAGGAGUAACUGAGGCCGCCCCGUACCUGCCCCCCAGCACACUUGUAGUCAUGAGGCCUUGCUGCCGGAGAGGCUACUGGCCUUGGAGCCCUCGGAGGCCCCCGCAGAGGGUGGCCUGGGGGGAGACCACACUGUCACCAUGUUGGUGGCAGAAGAGCCUGAGCCUGGGCAGCCCUGUCCCCUCUCCCUCCCACCCACUGGUGGCAGCGUCUGGAAUAAAGCCCACCAGUCACCGCUGCUCUCCGCAGAGCUCUCCCUCCCUCUCCCCUGAGACCAACCCGAGGUGUGAGUGAGUGUGCAAGGGAAGCUCCCCAGCCCACAGGCUGCAGCAGGGGUGGUCGGGCGAGGAGAUCAGGCACUCGUGGUAGCUGUUCUGGACUGAGAAAGCCAAGGUCUUGGACAGUAAGAGAGUUUUCGUUUUAAAUAGAAGUUUCCCAAUAAGGUGUAUAAACUGAAGGUCUGAGUGAGGGGAGCUCUUCCCGCACUCUGAGCUCUGGAUCAAGCCGUUCUUGCUUCCCCCCUAGAAGGGCUCGGGCCAUGUGGGCCAAGUGGCAAGGACCCUCUCCACUCAGUGCCGGGCAGUGAAUUUGUCCUUAGCAAAUAAACGGUUGGGCGAGCUGUGAGGGAUCCGUGGGGUGGAAACAGUCAACUCUCUCAGACUUUUUCCUUUUAUAUAAACUUGAAGCAUUUGUGUGUGGGUUGCUUUUUGUUUUGUUUUUGGUUUGCUGCUGUCACUUUCUGUCAAGGAGCUGGUGGUACACCAGGUGGGCGAGCCCAGCACCACGGGUCCGAGAGUUUCCUGAACGGCUGUUCCCCCUCUGGAACCCACUGAACAGCUGUAUGCGCUCAGUCAGGCCUGGCCCAGGGGCUUAGUUUCAGUGACUCCCGAGCCUUGACAGAGAGGAAAGGGGCCGGUGUGCUGAGUGUCACCUCCAGCCUUGCUGCCUCCACCAGAGAUAGAAUUCCCUUUAUCAGAUACAGCCACCAGGCAGCUGCAAGGGACCAGCUGUAGGCCUGAUCCUGUCUCUCCCUGCCAACCCCUGAGCUCCAGGAGGACCCAUUUGGAAGUGUCCCGCUAGCCUAAAGGGCAUCCAUCCUGCAUAGCUUGUCUGCACGCAGGAAGCAAUGCUGUUGAAAACCAGCUGAAGUUGCUCUGAGCUGCUGCUGCAAAUAGUCUGAUUUGAUAUCUGGAGCUCUUGCCAGCCUGCAUUCUGCCUCUUUCUAGAUUCUUCAAGGUAAACAUACCAUGCUGGGAUGCUGCAUAGUGAUUGCUGCAAACCCCCAGUCCAGGCCUCCAGGCUCCCAGGGUUUCAGUGCUAAGUAACAGCUGUGUAUUGGCGUGAGCUUCCCAGGACCUUGAGGCAGGCUCUCAGACAGUCAUGGGAACCUUCUAGAGCUAUCUCACUUUCCCAGGUCCUCAUCCUUUCCCCUACCCUGAAGAGGUGCAGCCACAUGUCUGCUUGUGAUGUGUGCUAAUUCGAGUGACUCGGCUCACCGCAGCUCAACCUUUCAUCUUCCCUCCAGUUGUUCUCUGUGUUCCACUACAGCAUCUCACCACACAGGCCGAUACGGCAGGUGGGUCGGGGUAACAGCUGCCGUGUGAGGUUUGGAAGCAACUGGCUCCUGGGUGUUCAAAGCGUGUUCGUGCAUGUGUACAUGUAUGUGUAUAUAACUGUGUACGGAAUGCCCUUUGGUAGCACUGGGUUGGUCAUCAGCUUGUUUUGUAAUGCCCACCCCCUUGCUUUGAUAUUGCCAGUUUCUUGUGCAAUAAAAAAUCAGCAGCUGUG